AUGCGGGGUUACAGUCUUCUCAUUGUACUUGUCUUCUAUACGAGGAUCAUAAAUAUAACCUACGCAGCGCCGAUUUAUGCCACCGAAGAUGUUGCUACUAACAACUUGGCGAGCCGUGCUCCCCCUGUUGCCGGUUCAAGCAAAAGCAACCCUAUUUCAGGGGUAAUGGAGGUUAAGCGAGAUAACGCUUUGCCUUUUGAUGGCGACUUUUUGGUUCCAUUGCUCAGCCAGAGAGAUGGAACAGAGAGCAAUGAGAACCGAAAGGACGCCGGCGUGAAGAAGUAUUUUCCAGGAGGCAAGGGGGCCGGUCCCUUCCGAAACCCGACAGCGGCCAAGGUCAAGAUACCUGGCAGUCAAUACGUGUCUCCAGAGGAGUUUCCAUACGCAUCAACUACUCAGGGUGGUUACCAGGCAAUCUUGUUCCCAGUAACCACAGAAUCUCAGCGCUCGCAAGGCGGUUCUAUCAACAGCUUCUACAAUAUGUAUGAUAUCAAAUCCGCACACCAGGGUAAGAAUAGCUGGUUCGAAAUUACAGGAUGGACAGGAGAGCUAGGUCCCUACUGCAAGGCACUCAACAACAACAACGCUAAGCCUAACAAAAAUGAUGCCAUCUGCAAACCGGGUUCCAAUGGCAAGGGCAAGUGGGGAUUUGAUGUUGGUGAGUAUGCUUAUACUUAUGAUGGCCACAGCUAUCAGAAAGCACAGGGCAGCAAGUGA